UCGCUUUGGCCCGGCCCGGCCCGCAGGGUGCUGGGCGCGGAGAACCGCCAUGCCGCCGCGGCGCAGUAUCGUGGAGGUGAAGGUGCUGGACGUGCAGAAGCGGCGCGUGCCCAACAAGCAUUAUGUCUACAUCAUUCGAGUCACGUGGUCCAGUGGCGUCACGGAGGCCAUCUACCGGCGAUACAGCAAGUUUUUUGACCUCCAGAUGCAGAUGUUGGACAAGUUUCCCAUGGAAGGAGGACAGAAGGACCCCAAGCAGAGGAUCAUUCCAUUUCUGCCAGGCAAAAUCCUCUUCCGCCGCAGCCACAUCCGGGACGUAGCUGUCAAACGCCUGAUACCAAUUGAUGAGUAUUGUAAGGCCCUGAUCCAGCUGCCUCCCUACAUCUCUCAGUGUGAUGAAGUGCUGCAGUUUUUCGAGACAAGACCUGAGGACCUGAAUCCCCCCAAAGAGGAGCAUAUCGGGAAGAAGAAAUCAGGGAGUGACCCGACCUCAGUGGACCCUAUGGUCCUGGAGCAGUAUGUGGUGGUGGCAAACUAUCAGAAGCAGGAGAGCUCAGAGAUCAGCCUCAGUGUGGGCCAAGUGGUGGACAUCAUUGAGAAGAAUGAGUCAGGUUGGUGGUUCGUCAGCACUGCUGAAGAGCAAGGCUGGGUCCCUGCAACCUGCCUCGAGGGCCAGGAUGGUGUACAAGAUGAGUUUUCCCUCCAGCCUGAGGAAGAAGAGAAGUAUACAGUCAUCUACCCGUACACAGCUCGUGACCAGGAUGAAAUGAGCCUAGAGCGAGGGGUUGUGGUGGAGGUCAUCCAGAAGAACCUGGAGGGCUGGUGGAAGAUCAGGUUCCAGGGCAAAGAGGGUUGGGCUCCUGCUUCCUACCUAAAGAAGAGCAGUGGGGAGCCCUUACCCCCAAAGCUGGGCCCCAGCUCACCUGCUCACUCGGGGGCCCUCGACCUGGAUGGUGUUUCCCGGCAGCAGAAUGCUAUGGGCAGGGAGAAGGAGCCACUCAACAAUCAGAGGGACGGCCGGUUUGAAGGUCGCCUGGUGCCGGAUGGUGACGUUAAACAGAGAUCACCAAAGAUGAGGCAAAGACCCCCUCCUCGCCGGGACAUGACCAUUCCUCGAGGCCUCAACCUGCCGAAGCCUCCCAUCCCGCCCCAGGUGGAAGAAGAGUAUUACACCAUCGCCGAGUUCCAGACCACCAUCCCAGAUGGCAUCAGCUUCCAGGCCGGCCUGAAGGUGGAGGUGAUUGAGAAGAGCCUAAGUGGUUGGUGGUACAUUCAGAUGGAUGACAAGGAGGGAUGGGCCCCAGCGACAUUCAUUGACAAAUACAAGAAGACCAGCAGUGCCUCGAGGCCCAACUUCCUGGCCCCCUUACCCCAUGAGAUGACUCAGCUUCGGCUUGGGGAUGCAGCUGCAACUGAGAACAAUACUGGUCCAGAAGCAGUGGGGCCCUCCAGACCCCUGCCUGAUGCACCGCAUGGUGCUGUGGACUCUGGGAUGCUCUGGUCCAAAGACUGGAAAGGAGGAAAGGAGGCCCCAAGAAAGGUCUCUUCAGACCUGUCUGCAUCAACAGGAUAUGAGGAGAUCUCAGACCCCACACAGGAGGAGAAGCCAAGCCUCCCUCCACGCAAAGAGUCCAUCAUCAAGUCUGAAGAGGCGUUACUGGAGAGGGAGAGACAGAAGAUGGAGCCACUCCGGGGCUCCUCCCCUAAACCCCCUGGCAUGAUUUUGCCAAUGAUUCCAGCCAAGCAUGCCCCGCUGGCCCGGGACAGCAGAAAAGCAGAGCCCAAACCUGACAAGAGCAAGUUCCCGCUGAGAAAUGACAUGGGGUUAGAGUGUGGCCACAAGGUGCUGGCCAAGGAAGUGAAAAGACCCAACCUCCGGCCCAUCUCCAGGUCCAAAGCCGAGCUGCCAGAGGAGAAGGUGGAACCCGCCCCUCAGAAUCUGUUCUUGAAGUCUAGACCUCAGGUUAGGCCCAAACCAACUCCUUCCCCCAAGACAGAGUCAGCUCAGGGCGAAGACCAAGUGGAUAUCUACAACCUUAGGAGCAAGCUCAGACCUGCCAAGUCCCAAGAGAAAGCCUUAUUGGAUGGAGAAAGCCACCAUGCUGCUGGGGGCCAUGACACAGCCCUCAGCCGGAGCUUCCUUCCCGGGGAGGGACCUGGCCGUGGCCAGGACAGGUCUGGCAGACAGGAUGGGCUGAGUCCCAAGGAGACACCCUGCAGAGCCCCUCCCAGGCCAGCCAAGACCACAGACCCUGGGCCCAAAAAUGUACCUGUGCCUGUGCCUGUCCAAGAAGCAACCCAACAAAGACCUGUGGUCCCACCUCGGAGACCCCCACCCCCCAAGAAAACCUCCUCAUCACCAUUGUCGUGCAGGCCCCUCCCAGAGGUCAGAGGGUCACAGCGUGAAGAAAGCAGAGCCGUUCCUGCUGCAGGCCGGGCCCUCCUCGUCCCUCCGAAAGCCAAACCCUUCCUCUCCAACUCCGCAGUGGGCCAAGAUGACAUUCGAGGCAAAGGUGGGCUGGGGCCACGCAUCACUGGCAAGGUGGGAGACACCAGAGAGAAGGCAGCUUCCUUCCUCAAUGCCGAUGGCCCAAAGGACUCACUGUAUGUGGCUGUGGCCAACUUUGAGGGAGAUGAAGACACCAGCAGUUUCCAGGAAGGGACAGUGUUUGAAGUCCGGGAGAAAAGCAACAGUGGCUGGUGGUUCUGCCAGGUCCUCAGUGGGGCUCCUUCCUGGGAAGGCUGGAUUCCUUCCAACUACCUCCGGAAGAAACCCUAGCGUCCCCGCCCUGCCUGGAGACCCCAGAGACCCCGCUGUCCCUGCCGGCCUCUCCCAUGUAUUUAAUAUGCAUCUUAAUUUAUCAGUCUUCACACCAUUUCAAGAAAGGCGGCCAUUGGGGUGCUGUGGCUCCUCUUCUCCCAGGGUGGAGAAUGCUUGGUGCAGAGAUGUCCUGUAGCCUGGGUCUGGUUCUCCUGUUGUGGCAUCCCCAGACGUCUCAGAAGCCACAGCCUUUGCUAGGUAGAAACCACGUUACCAUCCUUGUCCAUAGUAGAACCCAUCCUCCUAGACAAUGUCUUCUCACCCAGAAAUAGGACAGUGACACUCAGAGACCUCCAGAGCUGACACCAGUCACCUGCAGGACUUUCAGACCCCACACCUCAGUGCUCAGUUGUGGCAUAGAGGGUCAGCCCCCACAGCCUGUGUCAGCUUGCUUUAACUUCUCCGUGUUACUAGAAGCCCAGUAAUGGCUUUGUUCACUGUUCCCAGAAUACCUGGUGCCAGGAAGAACCAAGUCCUGGAAGAAUCAGCUUCUGGGUUUUCUGCUUCUAAGUGCUGACCAGAUGCAGCUGCCCUGAAGUGGUUCUAGAGAUUCACUCGGUCAUCCUGCCUUCCGUCUGCCUUGGACAGCCAUCAGUCCUAAAGGAGCAUGCUUCACUUCACUGCUGAAGCCUCUGGUCCAUCCAGGGCUUUUAACUUUCAAUACUUGCCCACCUACCUUAGUCCCUAGAACAAGAGUCUCCACCUUUGUUUAAGUAAGGGGGCCAGCCCUUCACAAGGGACACAGUCUGUGAGUGCUUCUUUUCUGUGAGUGAGUAGGUGCCACAAUGUGCUUGGCCUUCUGCCUUUAUGUUCUGUCAACCAGCCGCCCCUGUUCUAUUGCACCCAUUUUCUAGAUGAGGAAACUGAGGCUCUACAGGCCCCAGGACAUGCUAACUAGGAAGUGGCUGGAGGAGGCUUGAGUCCAGUCCUGUCUGAUCCCCGUACCCAUGCUCUUCUCCCUACAAGAACAACCAGUGAGGGAAGAGAUGGAGGUUGACUGUGUAGCAGGGUAGGUGGCCUGGGGGCUUUCUUAUGUUACGAGUAAAGGGACGGUAGUGACUGCCCUGGACUCACAGCUGCUUCUGCAGGACAGGGCAUACCCUGGAUCCUCGGUAGCUGGUACAGAGCUUAUAGCCUGAUGCUCCGUGUGUGGGAGAGAAAUAAAGGAAGUUGAGGCACUGUCCCUCUGUGGCUUGAAGGGGACUCUGCUGGCUAAGGACCAGCAGCUGGGUCUGUGCCAAACUAAGAACAACAGUAGCCAAGGGCCUGCAGUCUCCUGCCUCAGCAGCUGCUGCUUCCUGUAGAAUAGUUCGCUUUUUAGCGUGCUCCUUCCCUGGGAGAAGCCCAGGGUAGCCCUUCCCUAUUUUGACCAAUAGACAGCUAAGGCCUCAAGCGGCCUUAGCUAUUGCAGAGCUAAAAUCAAGACCCAGAUUUCUAGCUCCCAGCCCAGCUCAACUUGUACCUAUGAACAAGCUUUCUGUAAAAGAGGGGUGGGGUUGGGAGGGCAGAGUUCCAUCCCAUCCCACAGUCCCUGCAGAAGAGACAGCCCUGUCCUGUUCUAUGCUUACCCCAGGGCUCAUUUUUACUGUGAUUUGGGAACCACGAAGCCCCCUUUCCCAAGAUGCUUGCAUCUUACUUGCAGUGCCAAAGAUUUUGUGCAAGCAGAUCCCUUCUGCACCCCACCCCUUCCCAGGCCCCUCUGCUUCCCUCUGACCAUCGUGGCACCAUCACUCUCUUCCUCUGCUCAGCCUGCAGUCCUCCCCCCCCCGCCCCCAGCACUGGGCCUGGUUAGGAGACACCUGAAGGAGUGUGCUUAGUCUGUGCCCUGGGCCUCAGAGGAAAGCAGCAGUUAAGGAGAGAGGAGGCUGACAGAGUCUUCAGCUCUGAAGCAGCACUUGAGAGCCUCAUGCACACACCCACACUGCACAGGAAGCCUCACAGCUUUUUUUUUUUUUUUUUUUUUUUGGGGGGUGGUGGUUUUUGAGUUUCGACACCUUCGCUUGAACAGCUUUCUGAAGCUGGUUUACAGGCCUUUGAAGAGGCAACGGGGGUUUUUUGAUUGUUGCUGUUUUGGUUUGGUUUGCACUUGGCUCUCUGUAACCUUCUCAAGUAUUUUACAAAUCCCUUCUAUGCCCGCAAAUGCUGGGUAGACCAAGGAGUAGGAGGGGCAUCACCCUAUGCUGAAGAACUGAGCUUUGCCUACAAGCUCCAUUGGGGAAGUCAUCUGCCUCCUCCCUCCUCUCUCCUCAGCUGAGGUGGAGCAGACAGGACUGCCUUCCUGUGGGUAACGAGAGAAUUUGCCUUUUGUCCUAUCCUUGUGCUGAUGUGAACUGUAGGUGUGUUGGGUGCCCUCUCUGUUCACUCUCCUUUCUUUGGGUCCCAUACACAGCCUGAAGUUUUCUGUGGCAAGCUCUGUCAACCAUAGUGCUUAUCACUGUCCUGGGCAACUGGAAGCGAGUGGUCUGCAGAGCCAAGUCACUCACCCAGUUUCCCUUGCCUGGGACUUAGCUUUGCAACACCCAGGACUGUGGUCACUCUUCUGGGGGUAGAGCAUAUGCCAGGCUCCCCUCCAUCCCUGCCUUGGAAAACUUCCAAGGCCAUGGUAGAAAUGUCUGGGCCAAUCACAGAUCAGAUCACCAACACAAACCUGUGCCCCUCCCCCACUCCACACAACUAACCUUCACAUCAACUCUGUUGAUGUGAUGACAAGGACCACUCCAAUAUACGUAAUGGGAAAGUUAAGGUGUGAAGAGUAAAGUCACAUCCUGCCUUGUCCAGGUAUGUGCUACCGGCUAAGAAAUGUUACAGUCCUUGCGGGCAAUCAAGUGACCCAGUCUCUGAAUUUAGGUGUCUCUCCCACAAUCCCCUGGCCAAACAUUGAUCAGAGGCAAGAUGGCUCCUUUUGGAUGGGCUCUGUUCUCUGGCUCCAUGAUUGCAUUGUUUCUGCCCGAGAAUAAGUCUAGUACCCUGGCCUCUGGAAACCUAGGCUUGAAAACAGCCACUUGCUAGAUCCAGACUUUGCUUAUAUUUUGGCCAUUUGUGUUUAAACCAUGACCCCAGGCUGAGGCCAGGGGAGGUCUGUGCUCAAACUACUUCAUGUCCUGCCGGGAAAUGGCAAGAGCCAUACCCAGUGCUCACAGUCCGUUUGUGAGCCUCUGCCACCAGACUGCCCCAUAGAGUUGACUUCUAUGGCACAGUCCCUGACCUUAACUGUUUCCCAACCCACUGGGGACUUGGGGAUUGGGUGGAAAGUGGGGACGCAUGUACCUCAGUAAAGAACAGGUGCCAAAUCUCCCCCCAAGAACUUAGGACAGUCUAUUGUUUAUCACCAAAUUCCUGCCCUUAGUGACAGGAAGAAACUGCCCUUUCCGUCUAAGAGCAAACUGGAGGUAUAGUGCAGUGAGAAAGCUCUGGCCGUGUGUGUGGGGCCCCAGACUCCAUCCCCAGCAUCACAGAUAAACAAGAACCUUAAUGGCUUAGUUCCUGCCCUUCCAUUGAGCCCUGGGCUCUUCAGUGUCUACUUAGUCUGUACCCUGGGAAGCAUUUCUUUGAACAGUGUGGCCAUCUCUGCCCCUUCGCUGGCUGUCUAGACUUCCCCUCAGGGUUUUUCCUGUAUUCUACAGACAGCCAUAUCCUACCAGAGACCAAAGAUUCCCUGAAGUCAGAGGGGCAUGGACUGAAUGGGUAGGGAAUCAAUUUGUAUCAAAACCUGAGGGCUUGCCUUUGCCUGGAAAAAUGGCACCUAACUUGCCAAGGUUCUAGCAGCAGGACUGACCUGACCCCAAGCAGAGAUGUACAGUUAAGACAAUGGUUCAUACUUCUCACCUGCUGAACAACCGUCCCACAGACCAGACCUCCCCACUCUGGGGAGUGAUAGCUGGUCCCUGGUGCUAUCUAGUUGAGGUACCAAGCCCCUCAUAUGUGAGGGUUUCAUCUUCUUCCCUGUCUCCAUACUCCUCCCAAGUAAGCCCCCUUAGCUCCCAUCAGAAUGAGGGCUUAGCUUUUGCCCUUCAAAAGACCGGACCCGGUGCCAUCGCCAGUGGCCUUCCCUCUUACUUCUGUGCUUUUAAAAGCAAAGGUGCCCCACCAGGCUUACUACAGCAAUAAGCAAUUCUAAUGCAAUGGAGGUGCCCGAAUUAUGCCUGCAAUGCCUUUGUGCCCUGUAAUUACUAGUAGCGCCUCUCUUACAUACCAGGGAGUGUGAUAAACUGUGGUCACCUUAGCCAUACGUGGUUCCUGUUUCGGGACCACUGAGGAUCUGGGUUGCUUCUAACAUCCCUCCAGAAACCGUGGGCUCUAGACAGCGUGGCCCAUUGCAUCCAUGUACCCACAGCUGGUGCUGGGGACCCCCGGGUUCUCAGCUCUUCUCACACCCCCUAGGCCAACCGACAGGUCCUGGUGGUGGCUUUCAUUUCCCCUGAGUGUUUAAUGUGAGGGGGCAGGGGUUGAACACCUAGCUGUAGCAUGUAGAGACUGUAUACCAUUAGACUUUUCUUUUUUAAAAAAAAUAAUAAAAUGCUUGACUGGUUUCAAGCUUCGUUGUAAAGAUGGAAUGUCUGUGGAUUUUAUCUGGCUAAAAGAGAUGCAUGCCCUGGUGUCUGGACUUCAUGCCCUGGUGUCUGGACUUCAUGCCCUGGUGUCUGGACUUCAUGCCCUGGUGUCUGGACUUCAUGCCCUGGUGUCUGGAUUUCAUGCCCUGGUGUCUGGACUUGAGCUCUUUGCAUCUGAAGAAGAGAAAUAAACGGAAG